CAGUUGCAUUUCGCGCAGCACCACGCAUUCUGUUAAUCAGUUACUUAUAUCGUACCAUGAAACCUUGCUGUGUGCUAUUUUUACACGUCUUCUUGGCCAUAAACAUUCACAUUACAUCGCAAUGCCCUUACAGUAAUCAAGACGCGAAAGCGGCAUAUAAAUCUGGCGAGAUACAUGACCAAUCGCCACCCAUAACAUUGGCUACUAUAAAGAGAAAAUUAAAGGAAACCAUGAUUUUCGACUACGAGGACCCCACGCUUAAUGACAGAGAGAAGAAAGAGUUAAGCAAACUGUUCGAUGCUGUUGAAAUAAUGACAACUUCCAGAGCCCGUCAGCCGUUCAACGUGCAAAAUAUGUUCUCUUCACUACGCCUAGUGGAAAGAGCGGUUAAGAAACAACUGAAGGAGGGACAGAUAUCAGAAUCCUUGGCAUCCAAAUUCAAAUGGGAUAAACUGUUAUACAAAUCGUCAGAAGAGAGACAAGCCAAUGUACUAUCUGGACAAACGGACGAACAUGAGAAUCUUUAAUACAAUGCCGUAGAAUU